CACGAAAGUAAUAUUGUCUGAUUGUGUCAAAAAACAACCAUUUAUCUGUUGGGUCGGCUACAUACAUUGUCCAACCCUGGCAAAUCAAUUCAAAGGUUAAGGCCUUUUCCUCGAGGUCAUGCUUUUACCUUUGACCUAUAUGUAGCUACCGUAGGUCGUAAUAAUCGUAACUCAAGUUGUUUAUCUCGGACGAGGGUGAAGCGACAAGGGUUUGUUUGUAAUAGCUGAAGUAACAUUCAGAGCUAUAAAAGCACCAGCUCAUCAACUUUCUGGCAAUAUAAAAUACAAAGCCGCAUUGUCGCAGGGUUACAUACACAUGCGUUAAGUCAGUUCACAGCUCAGCAGACACGACGUAGUAGUAGUAAGUACUGAAGCUCAUUUUUUACUCACCACCAAGGCCACAUCCUUGCAUAGGCCAGGCCUGUACUGUCAUAAUUGUAUUUCCUAAUAAAAUUACAAUAUGAAUUUUGGCUAAUUUGGAGAGAUAGUAGCCUAACGUCAUUUGCGUGUUGUAACCCUGGUUCCGAUAGGGUCAAAACCAUGGUUCUGUUAGGGUCAUAACCUAGGUUGGGGAUAAGUUUAGGGUUCAGGUUUAGGUUUAGGAAUACAUUUGAUUUAGGACUUUAUUAGGACAAGAUGGCCGCGGUACUAUCUCUCCAAAUUUAUCCAUUCUUUAACUUUAAUUAAAUUUUAAAAUCCUUAAUAUUAACUUUGCGUUUGUUCGUGGCUGUGUUGUCAAAUCUUCAAAUAGCUAAUUGACCCACUUAACUUCCAGUCAACCUAUCUAUCGAGCUUUAAUGUUGCACAUAGACGCGUUGCCGAUGACAACACAUUCUAUCAAAUUUUCAGCUCCACCCUCAAAAAUCAGUUUUUCAAGGGGAAGAUGAAGUUAAUAUGAUGACACUAAUUUCACGAAAUAAAAUUCCUAAUAAAUGCCCUAAAUGAGAUUCAAUAGAAAAAAAUAUGGGAUAGAAAAAAUAUUGCAAGUGCUUUUGGUGCAUAAUAAUUUCUUUUGAUUUCCUGAAAUGGGGAAAUAAAUUUGCGGUGUCAAAGCUGGUGGAUUGCUAGAAUGUUAAUAUAUUUCAGGGGUGUGAAGAAAAAAAGUGCGGUUGGGGUGGAGGGCGCACUAAUUGAAUUGGGAUUCUCAUUAAGUGCGUUAGUUGUAUGGUUGUUUUGUAAAAUUUUCAUUCCCCCCCCCCCCCCCCAUAUAAAGGAUUUAUAAGAAAAACUUUAUUAUUAAGGGUUGUUGAAUAUUUCGUCUUCAUAAUAAAAUUGUUCAUCAUCUCUGUUAAUUUACUGUCAACUCUUCAUUUACACUGGUUGCAGACCUUGUAUGAAGCCUUGAUGAAAUUGCAUACUAAAUUAAACAUAAGUCCCAAAAAAAUAUAAUUUUUAUUCUAUAUUGUUUACAGCCCAAAAUAGACACUUCACAGGAGUGGAUAUAACAUGUCAGGAGUAGACAAGACAAAACGAAUAGGACGAUGGUAUUUUGGAGGUACUGCUAGUGCUAUGGCUGCCUGCUGCACUCAUCCUUUAGACCUUUUGAAGGUAUGCUAGGGAUUAGUUUCUGUACAAGAAGUCUUUUUUUUCCUACAAAAAUUUAUUUAACACAUGUAUAGAAUUUAUCUAAAUAGUGACCCAGUGUGUGUGAAAACUUAACAUUAUGUUUCUUGUUUUACACAAUUAUUAAUUAUAUUUUUGUUUCAAGACUGUUCAUGACUUAUGCUUACAUUUCUUCUACCUCUUAAUAUCUGCUUAUACUUUCAUUACUCUUAGAGCUGACAUCCUCUCACGGUGCCCUCUCAUCAAUAGUCACCCUUAUUAAAUCAUUUCUACUAUGGUAGCAUCUUUGUAUAAUUGGUAUUUGGUUCUUGAUUGGUGGGGAAAAAAUUUAUUAAAUAGUAACUAGUAUUAAAAGUAUGUUCAUGUGUGCAAGUGAGACUUGGACCAUCAUCAAGAAAGCAGAAAAUGGGAUGGAAAUAAGUCCUCAGAAAAUUGAUGGACCUUUAUGGUUUAGAGCCCGUAUCCCCAACCUGAGGUGCUUUCACCCCCAUGGGGUGCGAGAUAGCAUUUCAGUGGAUGAGGGGAAAAGGGGGACAUUAGCUUUUAAGCUUUGAUACAAAUGACAUGUUAUACAUUUCUGAACAUUUAUUUAUCAUUUUCUUUCAUGUAAUAAGUCACACAUUUAUUUUCUACAGUUAGAAGUCAUCAUUCAGAUUCAGUGACCUUUGGGCAUUAGCCUUUCGGCCUGAAGUAAAUUAUUUUCAAAAUUUAAAAUGCACUGUUACUUUUUUAGGAGGUGCGAGUCUUAGUAAAAUGAUUCGUAGCGCGUGCAAGACUAGUAAAAUAAUUUGCAGGGGGUGCGGAGAAUGAAAAGUUUAGGAAACACUGGUUUAGAGGGUUCCUCUUCCUACUGUUUUUUAAAGGCUAGAUUAUGCAUAGGUAACUUGUGCAACACAAACUAUAUAUGUUCCUUGUAUAUGGGACUACAAGGAUGUGAUUCAUGUUUUAUAUAUGCUAAUUUGUAAUUGUAAUAAUGGAUGUUAAGUGAUGAAAGCACAGAAAUAAACAUGUCUACCUUCUUAUGAACCUCGUAAUAUAUUAUGUUAUACCUGGUACUAUUAUUUUCUUCAUGUGAAACAAUCCUUUUGCCCUUUCUCUGCUGAAGUUGGAUGCUUUUUUUUUUAAUCCCCUACUUUAAAGGAAGUAUUAAAUACUAGGUAAAGACAAGGCACAUUCAUAUAUCAAUAUGUUUAAUAGUACCAUAUCAUUGAUCUUAUGAUAUUUGCUCUUCAUUUCAUAGGUACAUUUACAAACCCAACAAGGAGGAAAAAUAACUUUACUACAGAUGGCUGCCAAAGUUGUGAAAAAUGAUGGAAUAUUAGGACUUUAUAAUGGCCUUUCAGCUUCAGUUUGCAGACAGGUUAAGUUUCUUGUUUCAACUUCAAAAAAAAAAAAUAAUAAUAAUUUGUAAAACAGAUGCAUUUCACUUGAUAGGGUGACAAUCAGCAAAAACAAUAAGUAAUUGUAUUUUGAUUUGCUGAGUGCCUCACUUAAUGUAUUCAUAAAAUAUAAGGGUGAUUCCAUUUCAAGUGGUGGGAAAAUAAUGACUUAAAAAACCAUGCGCUAAAAUUCUUUCUAGAAAUACUAGAAAUAAAUAAAUUGAGCUACACAUUUUUUACCAUAGUUGCUCACCUAUUGUCAUUUUGUCAUGUAGGAUGUGCCCUGGUUUCAUUUUUUUAAAUUUCAUCCAGAUCCGUAGUGUCGUGUGCUCUAGCAUAUCUACACAACUGGCCACGACGCCUGCCAUUGAGUGUUAAAAUGUUGUUGGCCUCUUUUGAAUGGAAAUCCACUUUCUUAACCCACAAACAAAUAAUUUAGUUUGAGAUGAUCUUCAUUUUACUAUAUUUCUUUUCUAUUAUUUUUUGGGGAAUUAAAUAAAUUUUAAAAAAAUAUCCUUUUGUAGUUAACCUAUUCAAUGACGCGGUUUGCCAUUUAUGAGACUGUAAAGAAAGAAUUGACAAGGGAUGGACGAAACAUGCCAUUUUAUGAAAAGGUUGGGCUAGCAGCUUUUGCAGGGGCUUCAGGUGGCUUUGUUGGAACUCCUGCAGAUUUGAUCAAUGUCAGGUAAGUAAAUGUGUUUCAUCAGUCCUAUUUAAAAAAAAAAUGAUUGUGUUACAUUUACUCUCUUCUUGAUGAUUAAUUAAUGUUACAGUAAAUAACUGAGAAUUUAAAAAAAAAUUUAAAUCAUUAAACUCAGUGACAUGCAUUUCCAAAAUUUUUCUCAGGUCCAAAAAUUGUAAUUCAAUAAAUUCAUAAUUAAAAAAUGUUUUUAAAAAAAAAAUUGUAUUCAGCUGGAAAGGAAAUUUGAUUAAAAUUUCAAAAAAUUGAAUAGUUACAAAGCCAGGAAAUCUUUUUAAUUUAAAUUACAAUUUUGUUUAAAAAAAAAUUAAACUAUUUAAAAUUUAACAAUAUAUUGCAGAAUGCAAAAUGAUGUGAAGCUGCCAAAAUCAGAAAGAAGAAAGUAAGUAUCUCUUAAAGUCAGGUCUGCCCUCCCAUUUGACUUUGUCAAUAACUGAACAAUAAGAUUAAAGUUAAAUUAUCUCAGAGCAAAUUAAAUGUGUAAUCUAUACAAUUUUCUUCAAUAUGUGAAAAUAAAAAACCUGGUCUGAGAAAGAACUGACUAAAAGCAGAGAUGAACACUUUCAGGGCUAGGACUAAAAAUACAUUUCUCAACAAAGAAGCAGUGCACAUAUUAUAUGUAACACAAAAGUAUGACAUUUUUUACCCACCCCCUAACACUUGUAUAACAUUUCCAUUUAUCACCAUUUAAUAUUAUAUAAAAUUUCUAGCAACACACAAAGACACAGACCCCUGUUAAUAUGUUAAAACCAAAUAAAGUCCAAAAACAAGCCAAAACAAGCACAAUUCAAGCAUAAAGCCAGAAAUAAUUUGUUACCAGUACGAAAAUGUGCUAAUUGUAAGCAAAAAUUAAAUUCUGUUUUUACUAGCCAAUAUACCAGGCAGUUCCUGGGUUUGCAUUAAGAAAAGAACUUCAACAUCCUUUUAGCUCACAUUGAAAUCUAGGGUCCUGUAAAAAAAACUUUGUUAAAGUAAAAAAAAGUCAUCAAAUUUUAAUUGAGGGCCCCUGUCCCCAAACGAAAUUUUAUAAAAAAAAGUUCAAAGCCAUCCAGUACUUGAUUCUGGAUAAUGAUAGUUAUAUAUGCCAAGUUUGGUCAAGAUCAAUCAAUCCAUGGAAAAAAGUAUGUGGAACAAACAAACUCACUAAUUUCCACUUAUAUAUAUGUACUAACCAGUAUACCCGACAUGGCCUGUGAUUGCAUUUGGAAAGAAAAAAACAACUUUUAUAGUUUGUAGCUAACGUCAAAAUUAAGUGGCCUUUAAAAAACACAUCGCUAAGAAAAAAAUUAUAAUUUUAACAUUUUCUCCUCUGAAAAACACAUUUAUAAAAAUUUUCUGUUUGGAUCCCAAUCCUCAGUGGAUCCUUUCCCUGUUUUAAUCCUAUUUCCAGGAUGUGAUCCAGAUCCUGAUCCCAAUGGGAUCCUAAUAUCUCAAUCCAAUUAAAUCUAGAUCCCAAUUAAAUCCAAAUCCAGAUGGGAGUCUAUUCCAGAUGAAUAAAUCCUGAUUGGAUCUCAAUCCUGGUGGGAUCCCUUUCCCGAUGGAAUCCGAAGUCCAUUGGGAUCCAGAUUCGGGGGAGGUGUCCCUAUAGAAAGUGCGUACCCGGUACAUUAUUCAAAAACUCUACAAUAUUCAUCAUGGAAUUCCAAAAGUGUCAUAUUGAUAUCACGAAUGCUGUAAAUUUAUUGCGCAAAGUUUUGUAGCAGUUACCGUAAUAAUGUUGCCAUGUAUUUUGACAAAUGAAUUUGCUAGAUAUACUUAGAUAGUACUAAGUAGUAGAAGUAUUACGGUAAUAUUUAGUCCAACGUGCGUGUGAGUUGUGACUUAUAUUGUAUUGGGCAUGCAAGUGCUUCUAAAAUGUUUGUUUCCCGGCACCUAUGCCAAAUUCAGGUUUUCAGCAGUGAGAUCAUGUUCCCAGUGAGACUCAGAUCUCAUUCAUGCUAGGAUCUAUUCUCUGUUUUGAUACUGUGGGAUCACAUUUGCAGAAUUUGAUCCCGAUUCCUGUUGAGAUCCUAUUCCUCAAUGGGAUCACGUUCCUGGGGGGAUCUUGUUUUCCGGUGGGAUUAUGAAGGGUAUUUUUAAUAACUUUGGUCAAGAUCCAUUAAUACACACAGCAGCGUAUAUUCCGUAAUUUAAGCCUUCAACUUCAUUUAUGUAUAAAGCUUAAGCCAUAAUACAUAUAAUGGACUAUUCUUAUUCAAUCACAUUUGAGGAAACACAUUGAACGUUAAUGAAACAUAAUAAACAUGAUAAGGGCAUUUAUUUAAAACAUCCCCUACAGAAAGGGGUGGAGCUAACUUUUUUUUUAAUUUGAAAAUUUAUGGGGUUUUUUAGUUAAGAAUUAAAAUUAUUAUUAUAAUGAAAAGGAUUUAAUUUAUACAAAUUAAAGUUUUAAAUAUAAUUAUCAGUGUUUUAAUACAAAAUUUGUUUUUAAAUUAAUGCGACCGAGACGAGUUUACGGCAUCCAUUUUGUUCGUUUGUCAUGACUCGAAUCUAGCUAGCUGCUUUAAUAAAAGAUAAUUUUAAAAUCCAAAAUGAGUUUAGAAAACACUGAAAUUAACUUAGAAGAAUCUCUAAGUGACUCUUCCGAUAAUUGGAGUGCAGAGGAAUAUGAAACAACAUCAGAUGAAGAAAUGGAUUUUUACCUACAAAAGUACAGUGUCAAACAAUGUAAGUCUAGGUAUCCACAUGAUUAGGCCAAUGAAAUUAAAAUUUCUAAAUAAUCUGAACAACAAAAUGUGUUGUGCAAUUUAAUAAUAAUACCCUAGUUAUAGCCCAACAAUUUGGUAAGAUAAUUUUAUUUUCCAAUCCUGUUUUGGCUUUAAAAAUAAAAAUAAAUGUGUUUGUUUACAUAAUCAGCUGAUCAAAGAGCUGAUCUUAGUUUUCAUUGUUGUUGUUUUUGUGUUUUGCUAAACUUUAAUGGAAGUUUUUAAUUUAUUCUUUUUAAAAUAUGUUAUUUGGGAUUUAAUUCAUAUAGCCUUACUUAUAUUUAAAUUUUGUUUCUCUAAUCAUUGCAGAUAAUACAUUGCCAAUUGAUAUGGACUUGGAAAAAAACAUAUGAAGAUGUUGACCAGGGACCCCCUCGAGCCAUACCUAAAUUUAUCCCUUGAAAGAAAACCUUAUCUCAAUAUUCUUGAUUCUGAAAAGCUGUCAACAAGAAAUGAGUUUCAAAAGCUAAAAACCCCAGGUAACGAAUAUUUGAUAUUAUAAUUGCAGUAGUAUUGAAUAGGCAUAGGCCUAGUAUUUUAUGCUUGAUGAUUAUUUUUACAAAAGUGUAACUUUUCUUAUUCUAAAAUUUAUAUAAUAAUUUAUGUUGUUACAAUUCUUUAACUAUCGUUAUAUCUGUUAAAAUCCAGAUUUUAUAUCAUGCUAAUCUGCAAUUUACAAAUAAAUUAUUUAUUGUCCGCAGGAAAUUUCUGCAAACUCUUUUUCUGUCAGGAGAUCACGUUGAAAAUUCAUGACUACAUCAAGGCUUAUGCCAACCAUAUCAGAAAAGAAACUAAAUUAUCUCUGCACUAAGUGGAAGAAAUUAACACUUACAGAACUCUACAUUUGUUUUUCUUUAUUUAUGUACAUAAGCCUAAUUCCAUGCUGAGGUGUUACUGUCUCAAAAAGAAAACAUGUCAGACUGUAAUGGAUAUUAAAUGUUUGAAAUUUGAUAAACAUUUACAUCUACGUGAAAUAAUUGUUGAUUGUUAAAACAUCCUCUAAGCUUAGAGGACUCUUAGACUGUGUUUGUAUUUGUUUAAGCCUGAUUAAGUUUAUGUAAGCUCUAGCAUUAUUAUUAUUAUUUUUCUGUUCAUUGAAUAUUUGUUAAAAUUUCAAUAAUUAAAAAAAAAAUUAUUCAAAUUAGUUGUUAUAAUGUAUUUAAAUGUAUUUGUAUUAAAUAUGAACUAUAAAAUAUUUUGUAAAAAGGUUUUAAACUUUGUAUUUGAAUAAUUCUGCAUAAUAAGAUUACUUGUCUACAUUUAACACACAAAAAAACACUAUUUACACAUGUUUCAAAAAGAAAAUUAUUUUUAAAAAAAACAACAGUUGUAUUUGUAAAAUAAUUUUUUUUUUUUUUUUAAAUUUGUAUAUUAUAUUACAGAAUUAAUACCAAUAUAUUUUAAACUAUUUCUUCCAAGAGUUCUUUUUUUCCUGCUUACAGUAUGUUGUUUGUGUAAAAAAAACAUUUUGUAAAAUACAAUCAUUUUUACUCUUUAAUCAUGAUUGUAAGAAAACACUUUCCCAAGAACUUUUCUCUCCCAUGUGUUUAAUAGGUUUUCUGAUGAAUUUUUGGGGGGUCCAAAUUUCACUUGCAUAGUUUAGAACUGGUCUGAUUACUUUUAUAUAUAUAGUUUUCUUUGCUUUUCUUUUAAUGUUUUUACAUUUGAAUAUUUCCUGACUGCUGAAGUACCCUGUUUCCGGCCGAUAUUCUUUCUUUUAUUUCUGUUAGUGAUUCAUUUCUUUCAUUUAAUAAAGAUCCUAGGUAUUUGAAUUGAUUCACUUUAUCAAAAGUAUGAUUUCUAAUUGUAAUUAUUUCAUCCGUCUGCUUUUCUCUUAUCAUAAUCAUGUUGUUUUCUAGUUGUUAACUUCCAGCCCUGCUUGUAAUGAUGGAUCUUCUAACUCAAUCAAGGCUUUUGAUAUGUCUUUACUAUUUUUCCCUAACAGUGCUAUGUCACCAGCAUAUGCAGAAUACUGAAGAGGUUGAUUGUAGAGAGCCCCUUUUGGUUGUGGGUCUUGCGUUUCCCUCAGAAAGUAUCCUGUUAUUGUUCCUCGGGUGUCAAAAUGUAUACUUCUUAUAACUCUCUCUAAUGUUGGGUUAAAUAGCUUACAAGACAGUGAGGCUGUCUAAGGCCUUGUCUAAUCUGAAAUUCCCUUGUCUAUUGUCCCUGAACCUUGAUUUUUCUUUUUGAGUUAAUGUUUUACAUGUAUCAGUCUUGUCCGUUUGUUGAGUAUGCCAAGCGCCUGCAAAGUCUCAUAUAGAAAUUUCCUUUUGAAGUUGUCAUUGGUAAUUUAAAGUCCACAUAGAGUUGAUAUACUGGGAUAUUAUAUUUUUAACAUUUCUCUAAAAGGCAUCUAAUGGUGAAAAUCUGAUCAGUCAUUGAUCUGUUUUAUCUAAAUGCACGUUGGUAAUCACCUAAUAUUUGUUCAGUGUACGGUUGUAGUCUUUUAGCAAUUAGUUUUGUCUGUAUUUUGUAUCUAACAUUUAAUAGGGAGAUUGAAGUUUGCAACCUUUCUUCUGUAUUGGGGUUAUUAGUGCUGUUUCCAUUCUAUUGGAUUUUUCUCUUCUUACCAAAUUGUUGUUAUAAAGUUUGUGUGUCUGUUUACUUCUGGUUUUUCAUCGAAUUGAUUACUUCUGUAAUUUCUUCCAAAGUUAGGGGUUUAUUAAAGGGUUUUAUUCUCCAUGUGGUGGCUAAUAAUCUUCAUCUUUUCCAUUGUCUGCGUUUAGUAUGCCCAGCUCUCCUUAAUUAGUUCUCCAUCUUGGCUCUCACACAUUGAGGUCUGGCUUGGUAUCCAUUAUUUUUGUCAUUUAUCUUCAUGUACAUUAUUCUGAUAUUUCCCUCACUUGAUAAGUCUUCUAUUUCUUUUAGUUAAGCUUUUUCCCAUUCCCUUUUUUUCUUCCUACACAUUUUUGUGGCUUUCCUUCUGGCUUCAUUGUAUGUUUGUCUUGUUUUUCUGGUUUUCUUUUGUAUCAGGGUCAUUUGUGUGUUGUUCCUUUCUUCUACAGUAUUUUAUUACUAAUGGUCACUUAAGUUAUAAUCAAUGGCUGACAUGAAAAAAAAACUAACCAAAAUCAUUUUUCAUUAGUACAAGAAGUUUUUGUACAUUUGGAAAGAAAACUUUUAUUAUUUCAAUAACCUAAAGAUUUUAAGCAAUUUUUAAUUUAACAUUAUUGGUUGUUAGAUUAUUUAUUAUAAUAAAAACUUAUUCCUUUGAAUGAUUACAGUUACAAACAUGCCAUAGAUGGUUUGUAUAAGGUUGUUCGUUUUGAAGGACCUCUAAAAGCAUUUAGUGGAGCCACAAUGGCCAGCACAAGGGCCGUGCUUGUCACAGUAGGACAACUUGCCUGUUAUGAUCAGUUAAAAAAUUUGCUUCUUAAAAGUGGAUUCUUUGGUGAUAAUUUAUAUCUUCACUUGACAUCUAGUACUCUUGCGGUAAGUUUAUUCAUUUUACAUUUUUUUAAAACCUUUUACUUAGCUAAGAGGGGGACUUUUGGGUUAACUCUUAAACAUAUGUUUUUUUCUGCAGAGACACAAAAGUUGGUUAAGAACAAGGGACAGUCGGAGAAAUUUGUGUCUAGGGUUUUCAUAUUUUAACUGAAAAACUUCUAAAUUUUUAAGAACUAUAUUUACUAUAUUUAUACUGAACCUUACUCGCAGAAGACAACUUACUAAAAAAUGUUUUAAAAUGUACACUUAAAAAAACUGUAAACGUGAACUUUUACAAUAAUCACUAUUUAAAGUGACUUUGAUCGUUUUGUUAUCUAUUUUUUUUUUUAUAUUCUCGAUAGGGUAUGAUUGCAACUUUGCUGACACAACCCCUUGAUGUAAUGAAAACUAGAAUGAUGAAUGCUCCUCCUGGAUACUAUAAAGUAAGCUUUGUUUAUUAAUUAUUUAAAAGUAGUAUUUUAUGAGAUACCGGUACUUCUAGGAUGCAUUUUCCCAUCGCCUGUUUAGUUGCAAUUUACUUUAAAAAAUGUCUAAUUAUCAAAAUUAAAGUUUUAUUAUAAAAAACCUUUACAUACAGAAUCCUUUUUUAAUAAUGUACUUAAGACAUGAAUACCAUGUCACUAGACCGAAAAGAUACUAAUUUUAAAAACUUAAAAAAUAGAGAAUUGUGAGCAUCAGUGUAAUGCUUUCAAAGUCAUAAGUCAGACUCAAAAUUUUCAUCAAUGUUCCUUCCAUGAUGUUGGCAUGCUGAAAAAAAUAGGGGCGUGCUGUAAAUUUAGUAAAGAACUAAUAUUACGUAUUUACUAUAUUUACUAAUUUUUUGUUAUUUCACUUUAUUUUACAAAUAAUUAAAGCCCUGGUGUGGCAUACCGACCCUUAUUUAGGUCUCAUUUUAAAAAAAUCGAAUUCAAAUUAGUGAUCUCAAAUCUUAACUAAAAAUAAAAGAUUAGUCAACAUUUUAAGGGACACAUAUAUUACAACUAGAUCUAGCAUUUCUCCUGUUGCUCUCCCAUUAAGUGUGAAACGAUGAAAAACUAUUUCAGAUAUGUGGCAAAAUGCAUCCAUGCAUAUGGAAUUUUUUUUUUUAUUUGGGAGGGGCUUUCCCCCUCCUCAUUUUUUGCUCGGGCAUCAUCAGUUGGAGCCUUAGUUUUUUUCUCCCGUACCCUGAUGUUCAAAAUAAAACUUACCCACACUUUUUUAUCUAAUGUAUUUAUUUAAAAGAAUUUUUUCUCAAUUAAAAUCUAUAUGCUUACAAAUUAUUUAUGUGUAGCGGCAGGUGUAUGUAUAAAUGUUAUCAUUUGAGAGUUGUGUGCAUUAACAAAAACAAAUAAAAUUGUGUACAUCAUUUUUCUGUGCAUAAUAUUAUUUUAUAUAUCUAAUGACACGUGGACCCUUUCCAUUUUUUCAAAAUACUGAGCAAAAAAAAUUCUUGGUGCUUAGCUCCUCCAAAAAUUAAAGGGAACAUUGGUCCCCAUCUACAUUUUCUUUUCUUUUUCAAUCCAUCAUGUUAUCUGUAAUCUACCAACAAUAACCCAUGAAUUCAUCAGUCUAUCUAAUUUUAUCAUAAUCCAUCAUUUUAUUCCCCUUGGUCUAUUCUGAUUAUCAAAUUCAUUUACAUGAAAUGAGUUAAACAUUUGUUAUUAAUAAAGCAAAGAAAAGAUAUAGUGGUUAAAUUUCCCAGAUCAAAAGAAUGCUAGUUAUUUGUAAAAUAAAUAAUAAUUAUUUUCAAUUUAAAAUGUUUUGGAAUAUUGAAGUAUACUGUUGCUGUGACACACCAUUCAAGUGUUUUACUAUCGACCAUUUCUAAUUUAUAAAAAAAUUGUGACCAUAAAACUUGUGACUUGCUCUGAAAAAUCAAUUUUAUCACUAAGCACUAUAUUUUAAUUUCAAUAUUUUUACAUUAAUUUAUAAUUUAAUCUUUGUUUUCCAGAGUAUAAUGGCUUGUGCUGUUGACAUAAGCAAAAAUGGUCCAAUAGGUUUUUUUAAGGUAGGAUAAAACUUUAAAAACAAGAAAGUAAUUUUUAGGGAUUACAUUUAAAAUUUAAGUGAAAUGAUUCCAUGUUUAAGAACGUCCAGGAUAAAAAUUUUGCAUAAUAUCACUUCAUUAAAAUGAGGCAAACCUGCAAAACUUCUUCAAUGGCUGGAGCUAAUUUCAGAGAAUCAUUAAUUAGACUUCAAUACCCCUCCCAAUUAACUCUUAAGGACAGCUAUCCAUCAUGUCACGGACUCUAAAACUACAACAUGGGUCACUGUAAGACAUGCUAAUGUGUUGGAAAAUUUUGUUUCCUCAUGGGCAUGGGCUUUUUGAGUUACAUUUUCUUUUAUCUUAAUUUUAUCAUAUCACCAGUAAAUGGCUGUAGAAAACAUUAUAUUAUUAAGAUGGGGAAUUUUCUAAUGAACCAUUUCUAUGAACACUAAAACCAUGCUUAAUCUCUUUUAAUGAAAGCAACUCAGAUAUUCUCAAUCCAUGCAAUUAAAUUUCAGAAGCAUAGCAGAAAAGAAUUAUAACUAUGUAAUUUCGAAACAGAAUUAAUCAUAUGAUAAAAUUAUAGUGAAAUCUGCAUUGGAUGUUACUUGUAUUUUGUGUCCUUUUCUUUUAUGCCUGUCGAUAUUUAUCUCUGUUCAUUGUCAGUUUAAAAAAAUGCUUUUGUGUUUUGCCUGUUAGUUUCGUAGUUUCGUUAAUAUUUCUAGUUUAUUUCUUUAUGAAGUAAACUACUAAGUAACUUUCAUUAUCUAAUUAAAAUAUAAUAUUAAGAUUUAUAUUUUUUCUUUGAUUAAGGCAAUUUGAAAGCUAUUUUUUUUAAACUCUGUAAUUUCUAACUUUUAAAAACUACGAGAUUUAAAAAAUAAUAAUGAACUUCUAAAUAUUUUUAUUUACUUUUUUCUCGACAGGGUUUUGUUCCGGCAUUUGUCAGACUGGGUCCUCAUACUGUUUUAACGUUUGUUUUCUUUGAGCAAAUUAGACUUAACUUUGGAGAUGAUCCAGCUUAACUUGCCUCAAUGACUUUGUUAGAUCUCUUUAUGCAAUUUAUAUAACAUUUACUAACAGGAAAUUAGCCAGGAAUAUUAUCUGAGUAUUAACCUUAUGUGGUUCUUCUGAGGCUUUAAUUUAUAGGAUAUUUAAAUUCAACUUAAUGUUAUUUGUUAAUUAUUUUAUUUUUUGUGCAGUUGAGAUGAUCAUUUAUUUAUAAUGAUCUAUUAAUUUAAUCUCACAUAAGAAUCUCUUAUUGUAGAUAUCAAUAAAGGGAAAUCUUUCAUCUGCAGAAUAAAUCACUGUAAAGAUUAUUUAAAUUACAAUAGAAUUUUGACUGAAGUCAUGUUGUAAAAUACAUUAUGGAAAACUGAUUUUUUAAAUUAAAAUGGAUUAAGAAAUUCUGUUCCUAAAAUUUUUCAAAAUAAUAGACUAUUGCAUAAAAUCUUGUUAAGUAAUAUUUUUACAUUGACACAAUCAUUGACAUUUUGGAUAUUCUGCAGUCUUUGAUGAAACACUGAGAAAUUGAAGCAAAAUUUGUUUAAUUAAAAUUUUUAGACUCAUCAUUCUAAAUAAAGUGGAAAUUCAAGCAUUAGCUUAGUGCCAGAUCACCCAUGGUGCUACUACUACUAGUGCACUUUCGCAGUGCCUACCAGGUACCUUAAAAAAUUGAAAUUAAAGGCAUACUCAUGUAUUCCAACUCGUGUAGUUAUUACUUAUGUCUUGAACUAUUGAUAAAAUGAAAAACGGUCCAAAUACAACUGAAUAAUCCUUGGGUGUCAUGCCAGUUAAUUUUUUUGGUAGUAAUAAGGUCUAUUUAAAAAUAAAUAUUGCAUCGUUAAUCUGGAACUCCAUGAAUUAAAUUUUUAAAUAAAAACUAAAGUGCCUCUUAAAAAUAUUAAUUUUAUGUCAUUGCAAAUUUAUGAACUGAUUUUAAAAUAAAGUUUAACAGCUAGCCAGCUUAUGGUAAAUUACUUGUAAGCAGAGCUUAUCAAGAUAAAUUUAUUGACUGCUUGUUUUUUUUUUUAACAUUCCUGGUGAAGUAAAAUUUUUCAAUAAUUUGAAGGGGAAAAAAUGCUUCUUUAUUACUGCAGCUUUUAUGUUUUAAAUUCAUUAUUUUAUUGUAAUAUACAUUUAUACAUUGAAUUAAAUAUAAUAUUUCAUGUAGUCUUUCAUUACAAUUUUUUAGAAUGUUGUACCGGUUCAUAUUUUAUUAAAGAAAAUACAAAUGCCAUUAAAUUUAGCAAUUUUGUUUAUUUUUUUCCUCUUCAAUGAACAUUAUUUUUGCAAGACAUUAUUUUACCUUUUUAUUUACAUACUGGUAACUAUUAAGCAACAUAAAAUUAAAAACCUUAUGAAUACACAAAAUAUAAUUUCAAAUAGAUUAGUAUGUUGUAUAGCUAUUGUUAGACCAAUUUUAGUUUUUAACCCUGUGACCUCAAUAUAUGUGAUUUUUAUAAAUGGUAGUAUUAUAGUAUUUUAUAGUAUUAUAAUUAAAAUGAUCUUUUAUUAACUAAUUUAACUGUGUGAUCUGAUUGCUAAAUGCAAAUCAAUACUUCUUUCAUUAGGAAAGCUUCAUCAUACAACUUUAUAUUUGGAAUUGGAAUGUCUGCUGUGAAGCAGUACAUUAUGCUUUGUUUGUAAGUGAUGUAAAGUGUUAUAAGUUAUAUGGGUUCCUUCAACCAAAAUAAUGCACUAUUAUGUGCCAAGAAAGUGAAAUAAUUAUGUGUAAAAUGUGUAUUUGCUAUUGUCAGGUGCAUGUGAUGUCUAUUUCUAUUUUCAUGUUUCAAAAUAAAAUGUAUAUUGAAGGCAUUAAGAAUGAUUUUAGAUGCUAACAAGAUUUUGUUUUUAGGUAAAAACUCAAAAUUCUUCUUCUCUCAAAUUUAAAAGUGAAUUUGUUAUACAAGAAAUUAAGGUUGCUUUGGUUUAAAUUAAAGAACUUGUUUCAUAUAAACACAUAUUGAUAUUUAAUUUUUAUUUACAAUAGCUGUCAAUUUGUAAAUAUUGUUUAAGUCACUUCUUAAAGUUAAAAAAUUAAUUUCUUUAAGUUAAAAACUGGACUUCAAUCAUCACGUUCAAGGAUAGACGAAGUAAAUAUUUAAUUUUCAACUCUGACACUGGUAUUUGUCUUGACACUUGAUCUUUUAUUACUGCAGGUUUUUAGUAGGAUGUCCAUUUGGAUUUGUUGAAUCUUAAUUCCUUUUCAUUGUGAUUUGGGAAUCAUAUUGCAUUAAAGAUAACCUCCUCAAUGCAUGUAAAGAGCAAUAACUUAUUAAAUUAAGUAUAUUUCAUGUGUACUAAUGAAGGUCAACAAAACCCAAGGUAACAUGAAAAAAUAUUGAGUGGAAAUUAAUAAACACA